AUGCUAGGCUUCCAACUCCCUGCCUCGGCUUGGACGGGCUCGUGUAAAGCUACUUUCCAAAGAAAGCAGGAGAACAUCUCGUGUGAAGAAGGCGUGGAGCGGCUGGAGUUGGCCCCCAUCUGGUGGAGGACCAGUUUCCACUUCGGGCCGGGCCGGGCCGGGCCUGCCGCCCCAGGCUCCCCCGGAAUGAAUCCCAUCUGCGGUGCUGCUGCUGGCCGGGCCCCUCCCCCCCCCCCCCCCCAUCAGGGCAUCCGGGAAACAGGCGCGGGAACAGGUGGGCCAAGGCCAGCUGCAGACUCGGCCCCAGAGGGCCCAGCCACGUCCAAGAGCAAACAAGGCGUAAGAGGAGACACCGAGGAGCAUUCCAAGGUGCUGAGACCCACCCAGGUGUCAGGGUCCCCCUCCUGUCAGUCCGUGGAAGUCCCUUCUCCCGUCCCCUACGGCCUCCUCGAGGCCCAGCCGAGGGCAGUGCAAGAGCCCCACCUGAGCCCAGAUCCGUGCUCCCGGGAGGCGCCCAGCUGGGCCCCGGCGUCCCCGGAGGCGGACAGGGCACCUCGUUCACGGCCCCCUCCCGAGGAGGAUCCACAGUGCAGCGCCGCCCCUGCCCCACCCCCUGUGGUGACUGCCGCCUGCAUCAUCCCCGUCCCGGGCCUGGAACUGAGUAGCAGGGGGGAGCGAUUCACCCUGAGGCCGCCCCCGAGGCAGGAUCUGCAGUCCAGCCCCCGCUCCGGGCCGGACGCGCUGCCCACCGUGGCCUGGCUGGAGGGACCGGACAGCCCACCAAGGCAGCGAGUGGCGGGGGACACGGGGGUUGAGGGGGGCGAGUGUGCGUCCACCACCCUGCCAGGCUCACGGGAGCGGCCCUGUCUGCCCAGGAUGCUCGUCGGAAAGCCCACCGCACCUCCCCCGCCCCAGGCGUUUCCCGAUGGACCAGAAACAGCUGGCCUCCUGCACCUGCCCAGGGCGGGCGUGGCAGCCUGUCCCCCGGUGCCUGUGGCCCUGGCACCCAGCACGGUGCCUGGCAGCUGCUCACAAGGCCACAGGGACCGUGGCCGGGAUUGCAAGGGUUGA